AUGGCUUCCCCAGCCCCGAGCCAAACGCCGGCGACCACGACAGCUUCAACCUCCAAACCGAAGCCCUCUCAACCCCCGGUCCCAAUUCUCCCCUCACAAUUCGCCCGCGUCUACGCUGUCGCUCACCCAGCGCUCCUUCUCUCGUUGGUGACUUAUCGGUUCAGCUCUGUCAUCGAUAAUCCCAUCGCCGAGCUCCUCAGCGACAUCCCCUACCUCGUUGGGCUCCAGGUCGUCUUCGUCAUGGGCUGUCUCCCUCCGGCCGGGAGCGAGAAAGAGAGCACCGGCUCCGGAACAGACGACACUAAGAAAAAGGUGCCCGGCAGCACUCCUAGGCGUCGAGGGAAGUCGUCCGGCGCUGGAUCGCCCUGGUCGGCUGGCCUGCUAAUAAAGCAACUUCUACAGCCCGCCCUUCUCUCCCUAACUCUAACGACACUCCUCGCAACUCCCGUCCUCGCCUUCCUCCUCAUCCUCUUCGGUGCCCCGCUAACAACCCACCACGCCCUGACGUUCCUUUGCGCCGCCCACAUGGCGCUCCUCUCGUGCUUCCCGCUUAUUUACGCCCAUGGUGUCGACGGAUCCGUCUGGAGGGAGAUCUGGGGUGCUUAUAGACCAAUGGAUUCUGUUUGGGGCGGCGCCCUGGGAACCUGCUUCGGGGCUUGGAUUGGGGCUGUGCCGAUUCCCUUGGAUUGGGACCGUCCAUGGCAGGCGUAUCCGAUCACCAUUCUUACGGGUGCUUAUAUCGGGUAUGCUCUUGGUGUGCUUUUGGGGAGAGUUCCAGGCCUGUUUGGGAAGAAGAUCGAGUUUGCGCCGGGGCCAGAAGGUGAGCAGGAAAGGGAUAUUAAAGUUGAUUAG